CCGUGGCCGGAGGGUAACAUCGAGGACAUCGUCACCGAACUGGCCGCCGAGACCGGCACAAGUGAGGACGAAGUCUUCUCAAGAAUAGAGAAGCUCUCUGAAAUGAAUCCCAUGCUCGGUUUCCGUGGUUGCAGGCUUGGCAUAUUAUAUCCGGAGUUGACCAAAAUGCAUGCACGGGCCAUAUUUGAAGCUGCAAUCUCCAUGAGCAAUCAGGGAGUGAAAGUCUUGCCAGAGAUAAUGGUUCCUCUCACAGGAACACCUCAGGAGUUUGAGCAUCAAGUGAGUCUGAUAAGAACAGUGGCACAGCAAGCCUUCACUGAGAUGGGAACCUCCAUAAGCUACAAGGUCGGAACCAUGAUCGAGGUUCCAAGGGCUGCCCUUGUUGCAGAUGAGAUUGCUGUGCAGGCAGAGUUCUUCUCUUUUGGAACAAAUGACCUCACACAGAUGACGUUUGAAUACAGUAGGGAUGAUGUCCGCAAGUUUCUUCCCAUCUACUUAUCCAAAGGCAUCCUCCAAAAUGAUCCCUUUGAGGUGCUUGAUCAGAAAGGAGUAGGUCAGCUCAUUAAGAUUGCUGCAGAAAGAGGCAGAAGAGCUAGGCCUGAUCUCAAGAGCUUGUUUGAAUUGAAUAUCUUGGUUGAUCGUGAUCAAUUGGAAGAGUCAUCGAGAAGAUGCCUCAAGCUGAAACAAGCACAUUGUAAUCAAGUUAGAUUCGUUCAUGGCAUUACUUCAUCAUGUAGGAGUUUUGUGAAGAGACGAGGAAUUUCUGUUAAACACAGCUUUCUCGGUGAUCUCAUCAAGUACAUUAUCUUUUCAAAUACUAGAUUCUUUAUUCUACCUUUAUCUAGCCGGAUACAACUCUUUAAAUUUCAUAUAUAUAGAACAAUUAAGAUUGUUCCUCAGAUGGUUCUGCCUGUGACUCCUUUUGAAUAAGAAAUGUGUAGUGCAUCUAUUGAGCCUUCAUGAGUAAGCACAUUAACUGCAUCAAAAAAUUAGAACUCUACUGGAUUUUAGGCUUAUGACAAAGAAGUCUGUCUCACUUCAUAAAUUUUGGACUGGCCUUUGUCUCUAGUGGAUUUUAGGCUGGCGGCAAGAAUGGAAAAAAAAAGAGGCUCUUUCACUUCAUGGAUUUUGCAAUGGCCUCUGUCUUUCAUACUGAAUGCCAGAUAAAAUAUUUGAACUAAAAACUAUUGUUUUUGUCAUAUCUCUUUCAUUAGAAGUCUUCGUUCCAGAUCCCUACCUCUGUAUAUGUUAUUCAAAGGAAUAUCCAGAGUACCAAAAAGCAUGAGAUAUGUGUCUUCUUGAUGAUUUCUCUAGGCUUUUCUUCUUGCAUGAAAAUGGGAACUUGUUUGAAUAGCUAUGAAAGAAACAAUUUCUUCUCUCGAGAUAUGUUGCACUCGGCUCAGAGUUGAAAUCCUUUCAUGCUUUGUUGCUGUUGUUGCAUUACAACUACUAUUUUAACAAUUGUUUUU